AACCUGCGUACAUAUUUGGAGGACUCUCUGGGAUUUCAAUUCCGCCGUUUCAACUCAACAGCAUUGGAAGAAAACAGCUCAAUAUGCGUGACCAUCCAAAACCAAAUCACUCAUCGACGAAAGGAAACCGAUCAUAUGUGUGUAGAGUAUGCAGACACCCCCAUGCAUUACGUAAGUGUAAGAGAUUCCUAGAGAUGAAUACCACCAAGCGCCUCCAGGUUGUGGAUAUGUAUGGGUACUGUAAGAACUGCCUAGCUCACACCCACUCUCAAGGGAGAUGUUUUACCACAACUGGGUGUCGAUACUGUCAUCAAAAACACCAUUCUUUACUCCAUCUACAUCCCAGGCUUCAGCAAGAUAGUGAGGCACUGCAUAGACAUAGACAAAGCACAGAAUCUACACAUCAGAACCGUUCCUCGAGAUCACGAUCAAAUAAUCCAAAUCCAAUUCCACACAAGUCCAAACCGGAAAUUAAAUCUGCUUCUGGGUCCCAAGCUAAAUCAUCCACUGUAUCCUUGUCGACAAUCCUCAAACAAAAUAUAAUUACUUUGCUACCCACAGCAAUUGUCCAAAUAAAAUUCUCUAAGGAAAUUAUUAAAGUCCGAUGUAUUUUGGAUUCCGGGUCUAAAUACAGUCGUAUAUCUAUGAAAAUCGUCAAUCAGCUACGGCUAAAUACAUAUAGCCUUAAUGAGGAAACCGCUUGUCCAAUCACAUUAACAUCCGUAUAUGAUCCCGAUAUAAAUUUCGAAGUUACUCUCCGUGUAAGCAGCCGUAUCUCCAUCCAUACGCCAGAAAGGUCAUUGCCCAGUUCCUACAAAACAAACUUUAAUAAUGUUAUGCUGGCCGAUGCUAAAUUCUACAGGUCUUCUCCUGUUGACAUCAUCUUGGGUGUAGACAUUUACUCACGCGUUAUUUGUGAGGGCAUCUUAAGCCGGCCAGGUUUACCGACUGCACAAAACACUAUUUUUGGGUGGGCUAUCUAUGGUAAUUGCUCGAUUUGAAUACACUCUAGUCCGAAAUAUCCAAGACUCACUCUUAACCAUUAAAGUCUUAUUGCAUUUUGAAACUAAUGACACAAGGACAUUUAGCAAAGUAUUAACCACCUAUUCUGAAUAUAUAAACCUAUUAUUAAUCUCAUACCCCUAUCAAUCUAUAUAUACUAUUAGAUUCUUAGUACAUAAUAUUGUAUAUAACUAAUGAAGAAUUGAAUUUGUAUAAAUGAAUUAACUGAAGGCAAGUCUAAGUAUGUCAUGCAUGUGGAGAAAUUUUAUUGCAGGAUACUGCAAGAGGGGGCGGAAUGUUUAUGUUACAAUGAACAUAAACCCUGCAUUUUCCCUACCUAUGUGUCAACCCCUAAUAUUAAUACACAAAACUCCCAAAUACCAAUAACUUGACGUUUAGUUAGAUUUGCCAAUCUAACUAAAUGCAUUUUGCUUUAAAACCAUACUUGUCAUAAUUAGACUUCCGCAAAACUUUACAAGGCAACUGUCUCUUUUCGCUUGUAAUCUUUGCACUGGUAAGAUCCAACUUUGUAAAUAAAUCCAAAGUUUUGAAUUCCA